AUGCAAAUGACGUCGGACGUGCAGGCAGCUGAGGACAGAGCACUUCACUCCAAAAUGGCGAACCGCGACAAGGAGCUGGAGGAGGAGAUUUACGACAAGGUGGUGGACCUGACAGAGUAUGCCAAACGGCAGCGAUGGUGGAACCGGCUUUUCGGGACAAACUCCGGCCCUGUAGCAGAGAAAUACUCGGUGGCCACUCAGUUAGCCAUAGGGGGAGUCAGCGGGUGGUGUGCAGGUUAUCUCUUCCAGAAGGUUGGAAAAGUUGCAGCUACAUCUGUAGGAGGAGGUCUGCUGCUGCUGCAGAUCGCUAACAAUAGUGGUUAUAUCCAAGUGGACUGGAAGAGAGUAGAGAAGGAUGUCAACAAAGCUAAGAAGCAGUUAAAGAAGGGCACCGAUAAAGCCGGCCCAGAGCUGAACACGUUCUUUGAGAAGUCCACAGAGUUUGUGAAGAAGAACAUUGUCGUCACGAGCGGUUUCAUCGGAGGAUUCCUGCUCGGCCUGGCAUCUUAGGCUCUGCCAAACCACGAGAGUCUGUUAUUCCUCUGACGUCGAGAAAAACUUUAGGGAAACAUUAUCAAAAAUUGCUGGAGGGUUUAAAGUGUUUUGGCAGCAGGCGACCUAUCUCAGAUUAGUUUGUAGCUGUGUGUUUCUACAUAAGCUGCACAUCCUUUUGUCUGUUUUAAUACUGCACAUGUGACGAGUACCGUCGACGUACUGUGGGACUGAAUGACCCUCUUAAAAAAAAAAAAACUCCACUGUCUGAGUCAAAUGAUGAUACAUAUCAUGCAGAAUUCAUUUUAAAAAGUGUAAAGGCCAUCAGAAUGUAUUUAUUUAUUUUUUACCAAACUGUCACAAAGGAACAUAAUGCGUCGUUAUUGCUGCCUUGUUGCGCACAAUUAAGCCAAGCAAAAUGCAGCUAAGUUGAUUUAAAUUCACCUUCACAUGGUGUCCAUCAGCACUAAUGUUGUAUUUCUCAAUUCCAGGCUUCAGUUAUCGAUCAUCUUCAGGGCUAAAGUGCUGAUAGGAGGUUGUUAUGCCUCUUUGAGAGGUGCCACAUGUUUGAUGGGUUAUGUCAGCCUCCCCGACAUCUCUUUUUUUAAUGUGUUUUGUUUAGCCAUAAAUUAAUGCUUUAAGCACUGACAGCUGUGGUUUGUCUACUGUGUAAGUUUGAUGAACAGUAAAAAAAAAAUAACAAUCA